AUGGCCAACUAUCUCGCCUCCAUUUUCGGUACCGAACAAGACAAAGUCAACUGCUCCUUCUACUACAAAAUCGGAGCCUGUCGUCACGGCGAUCGCUGCUCGCGGAAACAUGUCAAGCCUUCAUACUCGCAGACGAUUCUGCUGCCCAAUCUUUACCAGAAUCCGGCCUACGACCCCAAAAACAAGAUGAAUCCGAGCCAAAUUCAGAACCACUUUGACGCUUUCUACGAAGAUAUUUGGUGUGAGAUGUGCAAGUAUGGUGAAAUUGAAGAGAUUGUCGUGUGCGACAAUAACAAUGACCACCUGAUUGGUAACGUGUAUGCGCGCUUCAAAUACGAAGACUCGGCUCAAACAGCAUGCGACGCGCUGAAUUCCCGGUGCGGCGAAGGAUGCGUGCGAGGCGGUUUCUGCAAUUUCAUUCACCGAAAAGAACCAACCCCAGAACUCCAGCGGGAACUUGAUCUAGCUACGAAGAAAUGGCUAAAGGAACGCGGUCGAGAUGAACGCAGCGUGAGCAGAAGCCCUAGUCCCGAGCCCACUCGUCGACGAUACUAG